GCAAAGUCCGUGGGCGGCGAACCCAUCAUGCCACUAUAUCAUCAGGAGAUCGGCCGGACGCCGUUCGACCUGACAUCUGUGCCACAAUGCUCGCCUAGUAUUAACAUAGGUCGCCUCGUCUAACGGACCUAAUCAGGACAAUAGACUGGAAGACCGGAUAGCAAGCUCAUGCGCCAAGUCCCAAAUAGGUAUUUUGAAGAUGGAAAUGGCGACCCUGGUGGGCGAAGCAAUGCCGAUGUUACUCUUAACUGCAACCAGGGUUUAUCAACCAUGAAGAUCCCUGAUUCGAGUGAUCAUUAUAAGUACUUAGAUCUGCUCUUUGAUCAAUUCGACAUCAAUCGCUCAAACACACCAACACUCGAUCUCAACUACUUACCGACAAUCUCCAAGCGCCAGACCAUCUUCGUCCGCAAACCACAUACCGACCUACCACUCUUCAAAAUGCGCGCUUCUAUCCUCGCUGCUGUCGCCUCUAUGACUUGCCUUGCCUCAGCCCGCAUCGUCGGCUUCGCAGUUCCCAAAACCAUAGCCACCAACUCUCCCUUUGAUAUCACUGUCAUCUCCGAGAACUACAUCCAAUCGGCACAAGAAAUCUCGAUCGCGUACGGAGUUACCUCCGGCCCGGUGACACCAUACCCAGGCACCCUUGGACGUCUCGUUGGCAGCGCCUACCUUGGUCCCGACGCGUCCAACACGCUGAGCAACAUCACCAUCACUGCUACAUUGGAUGGGGACAUCAUUGAGAAGGGCGAUGGGUUGUUUUCGGCUGCGCUGACGAGUUUGUAUGGUGUUGCGUACGGACCAGUAUUGCAGAACUUCAACGCGAGCAUUACUGUUGGUGAUGUGACCAGCGAGGAGCUGGUCAGGAGUGGUGCUGCUUACUAGAGUAAUAGUUUGCGAGACGGUUGUAGCUGUUUAGCAUGUUUCAGGCCUAGCGAGCAUCGUUGUCUAAUUUUAUAUUGUGUAAUUUGUACCUUUUAGACUCAAUUCUUUCUAUAUACUCCUGAGCGUGUUGCAAACCUGUAUUAGACCGCGAGCGCGACUCGAAUUGAAUCGCAUAUAUCUCAAAAUACACCCAUUAGAUAGAGUCUUCUUACAAGUAAUGACUGCCACAUUUUCUUGCGUUA